AUGCUCAGUUAUAUCCGAAAUAUGUCAAAAGCAGACAUUCGUAAAUUAUUGACACCGAUUCGAGAUGGCCUCUUGACGGAGAAUACUGUUCUUCAUAUGAAUACCCAGUGAGUGAAGUUUUUCAUCACUUUCCUGUUUCUAGAGAUCUUCCAGCCAACAAUCACUCGGUUGAAUCACGCUUGUGUCGUAAAAGUUUCUUGAUAAUUUUCGAUUUCCCACGUGAUCGUUUGUUUCGAACUUUGUUCUCUUUCAUUUUAACUAAGAUCACAACGGUCGAACUGGAACUUUCUUCAAAUCGAUGAGCUGAUUUAAAUGUUCUCACGAUAGCUGCCGACAGCAAAACAGCUUGCGCAUUACCGAAAGUCAGAGAAGCGAAAAUCAUCUUUCUGAAGACUCUUGAUUGUAAAAAAAAUAUACCUCAGCCUGAGAUCAGAAAUGGAAAAUUUGAGACGACGCGCUUAGCCAUUCCAAAUGCGGCUGAGUUCAACAAUACAGUAAAUUGGAAAAUUCAAGUGCUCGGUGAAUGGAAGAUAUUUUUAUUCAGGAAUUUCUCGGUUGAUCAUGUUGUCGUCCCAAUAACAGUCACUGAUUUUUUGAGAGAGGUGAAUCCCAGAUGGAUACGUUGGAUCAAUACAGGUUCAUAACUUUUUUGACAAAUUUUCUUAAUAUUUGCAGAUUUUCAAAAUUUCAAGAAUAGAAAUUGACUAAAAAAAACUAAUUUUCAGCAGCGGGAGAUUUAGAAGAAGGCGGACUGCCUAACCAAAUCGCUUAUGAUCAUCAUGGGGAUGUAAGCUUCCUUUUCUGAUUUCUUGAACUUAUUUUCCAUUUAGGAUGUUCCUGACCACCAAGUCGUCGAGUACAUCAACACCUUGGACAAAUAUCAAAAAAGGUCCAUGCUGAACUUGGUUAGAGAAGGAAUCCUUACUGAUGAAUGCUUCAUUAAUAUUUCUAAUCUUAAAGGUCCUGAACGGGUUCAGGUUAUAUUUCUGAUAUCCAAAAGCAAAAAUUCUAAGAAAAGGAAGUUUCAGGUCUCCAUGCCGAGAGUGGUAGAAGCAUUGAGACUUUCUGAAGCCAGAUAUCUUGAGCUUCACAAUGAAAAACCUAUAAUGUUGAAGGUUUUCUACAUGAAGCAUUAUUCUUCGGCUUGUUUUGAAAACGUCCAUAGAGCAGGUUUGCUUUUUCGCGUGAUUUGUGGCCUUUGGAAUGACUUAAAAAUCACUAAAACUUAAGAUAGGGGCAACGAAGAUAUUAGAACUUUUUUUUUUUUGACCACCCGCCAUAUUUUUCUCCGUCUUUGCAUUACCUUGCUUGUACGAAAAAGCGCAUUUAUUCAAAAUUUUCUGGAAAUACAAAGAGAACCUGAAAUUUAAAAAAUGAUUGGGAUGAAAAAGAUAACUGUUAACAGAUCUCGACGUGCGGUCCUUAACAGCAGCGCGGUUCACAAUGCCGAUUUGGUAUACCGUUUUGUUCACUUUGAUGACCCUUGGAACUUUUGGAUCCCAUAUUUGGUCACAAGCGACAAAUUAUGGAGAUCUACAGGACAAGCUGAACAUGACUACGCCGACCAUCAUUCUUGUAGUUUCGAGGUUUUUUUUGACAAUUUUAAACCGUCGGGAGGAAUGAAAUUUUCAGUUGAAUCUUCACUGCUUCAUACUUUAAUAGGAUUGAACGGUUUUUUAGGAUUUCAUUUAGUUCUUUCUCAAUUCCGCAUUUUGAAGGGAAUACGUCAAUUUUACUACGUUGAACUCAAGAGCUUCAAAAUAUAUCAAGGCAAACUACAGCAGAUUGUCAAAAAAAUUAUCAGAACAGUUUUUUUUUUUGCAAUUUUUCAAGCCUUCGAAUGCCCAAGGAGCUUUUCAAACAUUCAAAAUUGAAUAAACAACCUAACCGAAGAUGAUCAGAAUUUUCAGCUUACUAAUCGGUCUCCUGCUCUACCUCACGAUUUACAUGAUUGGAUUUUUAUUUUGCUGCGAGAACAACUACAAAAAUCAAUUGGUGACUAAAGAUCUGGAUUAUUCAGCUCUAUACGUUCAUUUUUGGUAAGUUCUCAUGAUUUUAUGAAUUUCCAUAAAUAUUAGAUUUUCAGUGAGCUGAAUCAAGUGGAAAAACGGAUCUAUGCAGUCAAAGGUGUGCAGUUUAUACUAUUAUGGUAUACGAUGAUACUUGCCAUUUACGCCCAUGAACACGAUUUGAAUAUUUAUCCUGCGUUGGCUUGCGUUUUAACUAACGGAUUUGGAUUGAUGAUGUUUGCCAGGUAAAAAUGGUUCAAAUAUUCGGAAACUUAUCAGAAAACUUUCAGAAUCGCUGAAUUUUUCCGACGGUGUAGACGGACGAGAAAAGGAACAGCGAUAGCGGCUAGAUAA